AAAACCAACCCAACCCCACACUUAGCGGAAACUUGUCAAAGAAUGCUCCCAAAGUCUGGUUUUCUCCUGCUGCUGCUGAUCAGUGCAUCCGCAUCCUACGAAGCUGAGCAGAAUGACUCUGUGAGCCCCAGGAAAGCGCGGGUGGCAGCCCAGAACUCAGCCGAGGUGGUUCGGUGCCUGAACAGUGCCCUCCAGGUGGGCUGUGGAGCCUUCGCCUGCCUGGAGAACUCCACGUGCGACACGGACGGGAUGUACGACAUCUGCAAAUCCUUCCUCUACAGCGCUGCUAAAUUCGACACUCAGGGAAAAGCUUUCGUGAAGGAGAGCCUGAAGUGCAUCGCCAACGGGGUGACGUCCAAGGUGUUCCUGGCCAUCCGCAGGUGCUCCACGUUCCAGAGGAUGAUCUCCGAGGUGCAGGAGGAGUGCUACAGCAAGCUGGACAUGUGCGGCAUCGCCCGGCGCAACCCCGAGGCCAUCACCGAGGUGGUGCAGCUCCCAAACCACUUCUCCAACCGGUAUUACAACAAGCUGGUGAGGAGCCUGCUGGAGUGCGACGAGGACACGGUGAGCACCAUCAAGGAGAGCCUGAUGGAGAAGCUGGGGCCCAACAUGGCCAGCCUGUUCCACCUGCUGCAGAGCGACCACUGCGCCCAGGGCCACCCCCGCGCCGACCUCCUGCGCAGGAGGGUCUCGGAGCCGCAGAAGCUGAAGCUGCUCCUCAGGAACCUCCGAGGUGAGGGCUCCGCGCCCGCCCACGCCAAGCGCGGCUCCGCCGAGCGCGCCUGACCGGGGCAGGGCCGGCCGAGCACGACCAAAGCUGAGGGCUCUGCUCUAGCAGUGCUGCACCCAAAGCCAGAGGACUGUAGGUAUUUUAACCCCCAGGAGCUGGGUUUAGUUCCUUAGGGCUCGUUUAGUUAGUUCAUCUUUUCUGUUCCUCUCCACCAACACUUCUGCAUGGGUCUGUGUUCGGUGUCGCGGCUUUCCCGCCAGCCUGACGGCUCUGUCUCUUCUCUUCCCCACAAAAAAUAUCUGUUCUCCCAAAAAAUCUUACUCAUAAGUAGAUCCCUACAGUGGUCAGGCCUUCAGGCACCAAACCCAACGUUUGGAGGCUGAGUUUUGUCCCAGACUGUUGUGCUGACACCACCCAGGCCUGGAGAUUCGGCGCCGAGGGGAGGAGCUGCUCCUCUCCUGCAGGUGCCGGAAGAUGCACUAAAAACUCUCGCACAUCCUAAAAAAUAUCCGUGGAAUUCAUGUCAUGAAUCUGUGCUGGCCAUGGACGAACAUGGAUGUCACGUUCCUGGUCCUGUAGUGUCACCCUCAGACCUAAUCCUUCCAGCAGAGCGCUGUGAACACGUUUAAGUCGGGUUUUACCAAGCUGGCUGCAUGGUUUAGUCACCAGGACCCGGCACGGCGGUGCAAAAUGAGUUCAAACCACCCCACAAACCGCAAGAGCAGGAGAGGGACGUGUUCUACCAUGGCAAGAGGUUGUGGCUGGAGCUGGUCAGGAGGUCCCAUAAUCGUGCGUUGUAUUUCAAAGCUCACAUCUCUGUACUGUAUUUAACUGCCUGAAGCUUUAAACCAAGCCUAACAGAAACAAAGCCUGUCUUAAGAUUAGAGUAUUAAAGGCCUUGCUCUAACCGUGGUAUAAAUAGUGCUAAAAUCUGUCUGUACUGUACAUAAACUCCACCAGAGUCUGCUUCAAAGGAGCAGAGCAGAAUAACUUUAUUGCCUAAACUGAGUUUUGUAAGUCAGCUCUUUCUUUAUAAUUAUUAUUAUUGUUAUUAUUAUUAUUGUUAUUAUUAUUAUUGCUUUCUUUGUCCUGGAAGCAGCACCUCUGUCAUAGUCAGGAGUUCACGUUCCACUCUGUGGCCUUUUUAGAAAGGAAGAGGGGAAAGGUUUAGGAUGGGAAUCGCAGGACCAGGAACAGCCUUUCAGAGCUAAAAUUGAGGCAAAAUCCAUAAAAAACCCAAGUUCAGGCUGGUCAGUCCUGUCCCCACAGGGCUGCCAGGCAAUGCACUUAGCGCCAAGGCAGAGCUGCUGGGAAUUCCGGAAUUUCAGAUCCUUUGGGAAUCUCACAGGGCAGAACUCCCGUCAGGAUUUCUGGGGAAAGGCUGGGAAAAUCCAUCAUUCUCUCAAGCUCCAGCAGGAAAGCUGAGGACACAAUGAAUGCUCUGGGAGCUGCCUUUCCUCCACCCUCCUCCUCCUCCUCCUCAGCGGGUUCUGGGAAGAGGAGCAGAGCUGGGAGACCCCAAAGCCGCUCCCCACCACAGCCAGGUCCUGGUGUGCCCAAAAAUCCCCUUGGUGGUGUGGGAUCCACCAGGCCAAUCCCAAACCCAUGCCUUGGAGUCCCUGCAGAGUGGGAGACUCUGCCUCAGAGCUGAUAAAGGAGGGAUCUCUUUUCCUUAUGGAAACCUGAAGCAAUAUAAUUUUUUUUUUUUUUUUUUUUUGUGUGUUGUUCGGGAAACCACAAAGCCUUUAAACCAGAACUUGCUGCUAAAAUAUCGAAACCAGAUGCAGCGGCAACGUUUCAGAUGUCGCUGUCUUCACAAAAUGUAGCCCAGAAGUGCUGGCAGAGAAUUGGAAGCAGCAAAAAAAACAUUGCUGACAUCGGUGGAGGGUCGGAAUUUGUAAUUUUUUUGGGAUACUCCGAACAGAGCCAUGCAGGGCAAGGAAGAUGCAAAGUUGCUCCUUCCUGAAUCAGGCAGGGAUUGAGAGGCCAACACAAAGAAGUUCUGAGAGGUGAAAACCAAAAGCUUCUGGAAUAUCCCGACCCUAAAAGUGGGAUUAUAUUUAGGAAUGGAUCCCAGGAGUGCAUCCCUGAUUUCCCACCCCGCAGCUGUUGGGAGCCAGGGAAUUCUGCUGGGGUCUGUGCAUCCAGUCCAUGCUUUUCUUUGGGAAUUGCUCACAAAAAGUCUUUCCCUGCCUCGGGGCAGUGGCCUAAGCCCACCUGGGAGGCUCUGCCAGUGCUCCAGAGCUCCCACUGUGGGAUCCCAAAGCUUCCAGGAGCUUUCCAAGGACACCUGGCCAGGGACAUUCCUCACGGAAAGUGGCUUCUCCACCCACCCGUUUCUCUGCAACCCCAAAAAGGCACCUAAAGCAGAUUUGGGGCCGGGGAGGCGCCUUGGGCCUCCCAGUCCCAUCUUUUUUUUUGGGGUGCCAUAAUGAAAUUUCCCUUUCCAGCAGCGAUUCCAGCUUUGUCUCCUGAAUAAGGGUGGGAAGAGGAGCGGGGAGAUGAUUCCCCCAAGGGGGUUUGCUGUGGUGGCCCAGGGAAUCAUCCCCUGGUACCCAGGGAGCUCCCCCUGCGCCAUCCGUGUCCCAAAGAGCCACAAUUCCCGAUUUUUGAGCUGCUUUGAGGCCACUUUUGUCCCUGUGCUGGAGCAGGGAGGAAUUUGGGAUCGCUCAUCCCUUCCCUCGCCCGAGCUGGGCACUCCCAGCCCUCCCUGCUCAGCAGAGGGGAUUUGGGAGCUCCUCCCAUCCCUGGGGAAUGAUGGAAAGGUUUGGAUUUGGGUGGGAGAGAUCCCUCGGGGUGGGGAAUGAUCCCCACGAUCAAGUCCAGCAAUUUCACCUGGGAGUUCAUCUCUGCUUCAUUUUUUUUUGGUCUCACAAAAGGAUUUUCUCUCGGGGCGGGGAGGGGCUUCUCUGGGAAGGUUUGCAUGAGUCUCGUGGUUUGUUUGCACUUUAGACGUUUUUGUGCCAUUAUAAAUUUGCAUUAUUUGUAUUUAUAAUUUAAAGAGACCUAGAAAAGGGAAAAGGGAGAGAGUUGGGGGGUUGUGGGUUUUGUUUUUUCUGUUUGUUUUUUUUUUUUUUUUGCUGAGUACUGGAAUAAACAGUGAGCAUAUCUGGUAUAUGUCCUUAUUUAUUGUUUCCAUGACAUUUGUAAAGCUCCGUGUGUUCAUAUAAAGGUAAUUUGAAACAUAUCAUAGCGAGGAGAGAGAGGCAAGUUAUUUUCUUUGCUUAUUUUUAUAAUUGAAGAUGCAUAACGUAAUGAGGCCUACGUUGGAUUUUCUUCUGCAAUGAAAUAAAAAAGUCAAAUUUAAA